GUAAAUACAAUAAAGCUUUUUUUGUUUUGUUUUUGGUUUCCCUAUGUUUUGCUUGGGGAGCAAGUAGGAAUCAAUUACUAAUGGAAAGGGACAACUGUAGGAUUUGAUUUUGGCUUGGAGAGCAAGCAAAGCGAGUAAAUAGGUCUCUUUAUAAAUAGAGCCAAGAUGAGAGACCUUUCCUUGUGCUUUCUAAGGUUCUCUCUUUGAUAUCAGAAACCCUAGCAAAGCCCUCACUACUUGCUUAGGCAAAACCUGCUUUUGAUUCCAUCAUGGCAACAUUCAUCAACUCAUUCAAACUCUUGGAUGAGAAUGAGCUCAUCGGCAUUGUCGAUGCAAAGGCGGAGGAUGCAUUUUUGGCAGUCGUGAAGAAAAACAAGGAAGAGGAGAAAAAGAAGAAGGGGGAGGAGGAGAAAAAAAUGAAGAAGCCACAAGGGCAGCGGAAGACAGAGUUUUGGUACUCUAAUCCCAGGCCUAUUCGAGCAAAGCGUCUUGUGCUUCCCCGCAGUUUUCUCAAAAGCCAGAUUGUUCUUUGCAAAAACAAAGAUCAAGAUCAAGGCCAAGGCGAAGGCAACGGAGUGCAGGUUAAGGAUUCAGCACAGUCUGAUCCAAUUAAUGGCCAGUCCCAGAAUGGUGCUGAUCCUAAAGCUGUAAGACCUGUGUCCGGUACUGCUAGUACUGGCUCUGAGGGGUCCAAUCAUUACAAUGGCCCUCCUCAGAGGGCUAAUGGAGGCCAAUAUUAUGGAAGGGCUAAUCGCGGUUAUAAUUAUCCGAGGCGAUAUUACCAAGAGGGUAAUGGUGGUUAUGAAGGGAGGGGUCAGAGCCAUGUAGAAGAUGGAGGCCAAAAUUAUGGAAGGGUUAAUGAGGGUUAUAAUGGCAAUUAUGAUCAGCAGAGGGCUCAAGGCGGUUUUCGGAAUGAGAGGGGUAGGUGGUGGAGAGGUAAUGGUUACCAAGGAAGAGGAAGAUACUUUGAAGCUGAAAAUAACCAUGGUAACAAUAAUGGGUUGGGGUUGGAGAAGGAGGAGGGGUCUCAAGUUGUUGUGGAGGAGGAGCAACAAGAACAGGGUGGUGUGGAAGAGGGGAAUACGCAGCAACAAAUACAGAGUAAUGACGUCCAUGAAAGCAGCAACAAGAGUUCUUCUGAAGGAAAGAAAAAGCCGAACAUUAAUGGAAGUCUACGGAGAAAGCUGAAGAAGCAAAAAAAGGAAGCAGAGGCUAACAAAAACCAAGGCGACAACAAUGCAGCAGCAGCUCCUGAAGGUACCAGUGCUGCUGUAAGUUCUGUUUCUGUUCAGAAAAAGUUUACUGAUACAUUCACUUUGAAAGAAUAUGAGAAGGAGGUUGCCAAAAAAAAGGAUGUGGAAGUUGUGAAAAAAAGCUCUGAUGGCGAUUGUGAUAGGACUGAGACUCUUGUUAAGGAAUUUGAGUCGAUGCGAGUUAUUGGGAAGAAGAAAUUGGAGGAGGAGAAGAAGGUCUCUGUCCCCAAGCCCCAAGAUAAGUCUGCAGAGGUGAACAGGAAGAAAGAUGGUGCUAACGUGAAGAUCAAGACACAGACUAUUAACAUCAAUGAAUUCCACAGACCACAGAACAAGAAGAAAGAUGGUGUUCCUGAAGGACAUGAUUCACAGAAGGAUGGUAGAAUUGAAGGACAUCAUCAUUCACAUAGGGAUGGUAGAUUUGAAAGAAAUCAUCAUUCACAUAGGGAUGGUAGAUUUGAAAGAAAUCAUCAUUCACAAAGGGAUGGUAGAUUUGAAGGACAUCAUUCCAAAGGAGAUGGCAGAUUUAAAGGACAUCAUUCACAGAUGGAUGGUAGAUUUGAAGGGCGGCAACCCCCUGUGAAAAACCCUGCUUCAUUUGAAAUAGAUGAAGGCCAAUUUCCAGACUUGGGAAAAUCCAGAAUAUUAAUUGUAAAAAAAUUUAAAUAGAAGAAAUGGCCAGAGGCACUUUUUGGAUUGUGACGAAACCGUUCACUUUUAUGAAAUUUUGGAAUAAUAUUGCUUUAUCAAUUUCCUUGGUA